GGGCCGUGACAAAACAAGGCGCUGCUUAUAUUAGCCCAGCGCGCGACGUAGCCAGCUAUAGCUAUCAAUCAAUCAAUGUGAUCGCGAGUCUGAGCGAGCUCGGAGGUGAUUGGUUGGCGCGGCUGUCCGUCAACUGGCUCGCGCGUGUCUUUGAGGCUGCCGUGCGUCGCGAGGAGAAAAGAGGAGGGUCUUCCAGCGAGGCUUUUUAUUUAUUUCUUUGUUUCCAGUCGGGUAAAAAAAAUAAUAAUAAUAACAGCGAUAGCUAGCUAGCUAACCCUAGCUAGCUAUUAUCUUUCUGGGGGACUUCAAUGUUGUUCCGCAGGACCGAAACGAAAAACUGGACCAUAUUACGCUAGGUAUUAAAACGCCUAAGCGAAGGGAAGGAGGAUGAAGCGGCGCAAUGCGGACUGCAGCAAACUCCGGCGGCCGUUAAAACGGAACCGAAUCACCGAGGGCAUAUACGGCAGCACCUUCCUGUACCUGAAGUUUCUGGUGGUUUGGGCGCUGGUGCUGUUGGCCGACUUUGUGCUGGAGUUCCGGUUCGAGUACCUCUGGCCCUUCUGGCUCUUCAUCCGGAGUGUGUACGACUCCUUCAGAUAUCAGGGCCUGGCUUUCUCAGUGUUCUUUGUGUGUGUGGCGUUUACAUCCGACAUCAUAUGCCUGCUCUUCAUCCCCGUGCAGUGGCUGUUCUUCGCCGCCAGCACGUACGUGUGGGUGCAGUAUGUCUGGCACACAGAAAGAGGGGUCUGCCUCCCCACCGUGUCCCUGUGGAUCCUCUUCGUUUAUAUCGAGGCUGCGAUACGAUUCAAAGAUCUGAAGGACUUCCAUGUGGAUCUGUGUCGUCCCUUCGCUGCACACUGUAUUGGAUACCCAGUGGUGACGCUGGGCUUCGGCUUUAAGAGCUACGUGAGCUACAAGAUGCGUCUGCGCAAGCAGAAAGAGGUGCAGAAGGAGAACGAGUUCUACAUGCAGCUCCUCCAGCAGGCCCUGCCGCCAGAACAGCAGAUGCUGCAGAAACAAGAGAGAGAGGCAGAGGAAGCAGCAGCUAAAAGUACACACGACGCCGACUCGCCCCCCGCAGCUCAGAACGGCUCCGCCGGUGGCAAGAAGCCUGCAUCGAAUACGUUACCAGAGCUGGAGUACCGCGAGAAAGAGCGAGGCAAGGGCGAGUCUAAGAAACAGCAUAAUCAGAACCAGAACCAUCACAGUAGCAUCCUGCCUGUAGUGGACUAUAAUAAAGCACAGGAGCUGGAGUACAUGGAGAAUAAUGUGAACAGCAAGAGACUGAGCAGCUCCGAGCUGCUGGGCAGCACCGAGAACCUGCUUCUGAAGGAGGACAACUCUUCAUCGUCGUGCUCGUCCUCUUCCUCUAAUUCCACCUCCUCGAAAAAUCACAAAAACGCCAGCGUAGGCAGCGGGGUCGGGGGGAACUCGUCGCCCCGCGGCCACGGGACGGCCAACGGCAGCGUGCCCUCCUCGACAGGACCUUCUUCUUCGUCAGGGAAGGGCGAGAAGAAACAGAAGUGCGGAGGGAAAGGGGGGCACAGAGAUCCAACAGAUAACUGCAUCCCCAAUAACCAGCUCGGCAAGCCAGAGGCGCUGGUCAGGCUGGAGCAGGAUGUGAAGAAGCUGAAGGCUGAGCUGCAGGCGAGCAGGCAGACAGAGCAGGAGUUGCGCAGCCAGCUGGGCUCUCUGGGCACGUCAGAACGCAGCGUCCGCUCUGAACUCAGCCAGCUCCGCCAGGACAACGAGCUGCUGCAGAACAAGCUCCAUAAUGCCGUGCAGGCAAAACAAAAGGAUAAGCAGACACUGGGGCAGCUGGAGAAGCGUCUAAAGGCGGAGCAGGAGGCACGAGCGGCUGCAGAGAGGCAGCUGGCAGAGGAGAAGAAACGUAAGAAGCUGGAGGAAGCCACGGCAGCCAGAGCCGUAGCCCUCGCAGCUGCAUCCAGAGGUGAGUGCACAGAGUCUCUAAGAAGGAGGAUCUCUGAGCUGGAGACUGAGUGUAAGAAACUCACGCUGGACAUUAAAGUCAAAGAGGACUUGAUCCGUGAGCUUGAGCUCAAAGUCCAGGAGCUGCAUAAAUAUAAAGAGAAUGAGAAAGACACAGAGGUGUUGAUGUCUGCGCUGUCAGCCAUGCAGGAUAAGACCCAGCACUUGGAGAACAGCUUGAGUGCAGAGACCAGAAUCAAACUGGACCUGUUCUCUGCCCUCGGGGACGCCAAGCGACAGCUGGAGAUCGCACAAGGUCAGAUCCUGCAGAAAGAUCAGGAGAUAAAAGAUCUGAAACAGAAGAUUGCCGAGGUGAUGGCAGUCAUGCCCAGCAUUGCUUACUCAACAGAUACCAGCAACAUGAACCCAGUCACCCCCCACUACUCCUCCAAGUUCAUGGACACCAGUCCGUCUGGCCUGGACCCCAACGCAUCCGUCUACCAGCCCCUGAAAAAAUGAAUGCCUGCGCCAGCUCACUAUACCAUCCAUCCAUCCAUCUCUCUCUCUCUCUCUCUCUCUCUCUCUCUCUCUCUUACUUUCUCUUCACAGGCCCAGACCUGCCCCCCUUCAGAAUGUUUGGGGACUUUUUUUUUUGUUGUUGUUUUUCUUCUACUGCUAUUUCUCGCCUGGUCAGAAGGAUGUCGUAUUGUGUGACUGUAUUUGUUGUAGUAAAAAAAAAAAAAAAAAAAAAAAAGACACAAAAAAAACUUUUAAGGGACAUCACCCGCCGAGUAGGGAUCUGCUGUUGUUGGAUUAUUAUUAUUUUUUUUUUUUUUUUUUGGUAAUUGUCUAGAAACCUCACAGACGUUGGUGUGCAUUUUGGUUUUUUUCUGUCUUUAGUGCAAAAAAGGCUCACACUUUACUUUUCCUGUACAUUAUUAUUGGCCUUAAACUUUUUUUUUUUUCGAAAGGAGGGGACAAAGUCUCAGAUUUAGAGCUUUAGCUCUUUAUUAGAAUGUUUUGAACUCCCAAAUUUCUCACUCCGACUAAAUCACUGCCUGUUUCAUAAUGUUAAAAGCAUAUGGUCAAAUUAGAGCAUGUGGAAAAAGUGGUAUAACUAACCAAAAUUUCAGUAAGCACCCAACUGUCAGACACCCCAGUGCCUUUAGACAGGACCACAUUGGUGAAUCUGAAAGAUUUUGUCCCCUGCUAUACUUUGAGCCCCGGUUUUACAGCCUUUUCCCGAUCAGAUCUGGAGCCAUUGUCCUGACAUCUUUCCGCCUGUGUAUUCUGAUUCGGCUUGGAAAUCUUGUUUACGCCUGUUUAUUUGGCCUGUGUUGCACUGUUGAUGCUUGAAGAGUAGCUUAGAAGGGGGGGGGGGAAAUGAUGUGGAUAUUGUGCAGCAUACACGGCAAGCCUGAGCAUGUCCCAGAUUAUUCCAGAUUAUUACACUGGCCAGGCAAUUCUGUAUCUGACAAAUGCAAAAAUUUAGUCCAGUGCCAAGUAGCUAGGACUGUGAUUUUGUUCUACAGUGAUGUGCUGCAAAGCAGAAGCAGUUAACAGAACCCUCGAGUGUAUUUUCUAGUUCAGUGUCUUGGUAGCAGAGAGCUGUUUGGUGUUGCCACACGAUGGCGCUAUUGUGCAUAGGAAAGUAUUUGGUUGUCAGUAUUGCAGAGUUCACACCCUGCUAAGGACUCGAGUGUUGAGGAAAGCCAGCCUGUCAUCUUUCUCAAGACCCUUCGAUUGGCCGGUUUGUCAAGUGGUCACUUUUUUCGCCUUAUUUGAACAUCAAGUGUUCAGUUGCAAAGGACGCAGUUUUCUGUGAAUGGAAAAAAAAAUUGCACUUAUUGAGCAUUUUAUCUCAUAUAAUCCCUGGGAAACCCCAACAUCAGUGCGUAAAUGAAGCUGGAACCCUCCAGCUGUGAUGAGAAGAAGAUUCUAACAUUACAGAAUGUUCUAGUGUGGUUUAAUGUGUUAUUAAGGUGUCUUGAGAAAGAAAGGCUUCUGAUUAUUUGAAUUUUGAAAAAAGCCCGUUGUUGGUAUUGCUCUUCCAGUACUAAGAUUGGGAUAGCCCCAGUGAGUCCUAUGUGGUGUUCUAGUGAUCAGCGAUGGUUGUCGUUUGUUUUUGUUUUUUGUUUUUUUUUUUGAGUGUGCGUGUGUGUUUAAAUUAUGGACAGUUUGUCCCUGAAGUGUUCUCAGAACGUUAACGUCCGCCUACGGUGAAGUUAACCAGUCUGCAGACGAAAAAAAAAUUUCAAAUGAAGAGAAGAAAGCACUUGUUUGCGUUCUUUGCCCGAUGUCACCUCUCCCUCUUUCUUUCUUCAGACCUUACCGUGGCUGCAUUCUCACUCUGUGAGGUUUUCAAGGAAUAAAAGGUUUUUUUUUUCCUGGCA